AUGGCGGAGGAGAUGGAGGCAGAGCCAGCUGCUCCACUAGAGGAGGACCAGGAUGCUCCAGAGGUGGCGAAGAAGAUGGAGGCUGAGCCAGCUGCGGAGGACCAGGCUGCGCCGGAGAUGGAGGCUGAGCCAGCUGCUCCACCGGAGGAGGACCAGGCUUCUCUGGAGGUAGCAGAGAAGAUGGAGGCCGAGCCACCUGCUCCACCGGAGGAGGACCCGGCUACGCCGGAGGUGGAGGCUGAGCAAGCUGCUCCACCUAAGGAGGACCAGGCUGCCGCACCGGAGGUUGCGAAUGAGAUGGAGGGUGAGCAAGUUGCGGAGGACCAGGCUGCGCCGGAGAUGGCGGAGGAGAUGGAGGCUGAGCCAGCUGCUCCACCGGAGGAGUACCAGGCUACUCCGGAGGUAGCGGAGCAGAUGGAGGCUGAGCCACCUGCCCCACCGGAAGAGGACCAAAUUGUGGCGGAGGUGGCGGAGGAGGUGGAGGAUGAGCCAGCGGCUCCACCUGAGGAGGACGAGGCUGCGCCGGAGGUGGCGGAGGAGGUGGAGGCUGAGCCAGCUACUCCACUUGAGGAGGACUAG